AUGGCACGAUACACCGGUGUAGAAGCUCUUCAGCUCGUCCUGGAUACUAGCGACGAAGAAUCCACAUUUUCAUCAGAAGAAGAGCGCGACUCUGAUGACGACCGUUUGAUCGAGCCGUGGAUAGAAUUUCGUAUGAGUGUUGGAACGAAUAAGGGAAAACAGAUGCUCAGUGCUCCUUGUGGCGCCGCUCUGGACGUACCAAGCAUGGUUUCCAGUCCUGAUGCAGCUGACGAGCACUGCCCCUUGGCCUCUACCGAUGAGGAAAGACCUCCUCUCCCAGGCCAGCGGUUCAAUCUGGCAUCCUUACCCGGAGCGCUGGUCCCUGCACGCAUGGGCCAUCAACGGCGACAGUCAGCUGAUCAGGAAUUAUGGUGGCAGUCAGCUAUCACCGACAGCAAGUUGGGCAAGCUUCCUUUCCCUCCCCAGGGAGAGAGGUCUCUGAGGAGAUAUGCUCAGGCCGUGGAAGCAAGGAGGUUUUUCUUACCUGAGAUCCUUGUCAACCGUUACCUCAUCGCGGGUCUCAACGCUCCGCCUCCUCUGGCUGAACGGGAGAGGCUGGUCCACCGGCUGUCGAAGAAGAAGAGGAAGAGGGGAGUCUCUUACCCUCCGUCUCUUCCAGAGCCCGCUACUGCAAGCGCUGUUCCAGGAUCUGCGGAGAGAGUUGCAGCCGAUCUAGCCGCUAAAGAUGUUCUGCAAGCUGUUUCUGCUCAUCAGGAGAUGCCGGUCAUCAUUGCGGCCAAGGCCCUUUCUAAUUACCUGUCCCGUCUUGUCGCGAUUCUUGAACCCCCUGUCUGUCCUGCCUUGUCCUCCGCAUCCAAGCCUGUCCCUGUGAGCGCUGCACCCGAGCCGGUCGCCGUGAGCGCCGCACCCAGUCCUGCCCUGUCACCUGCCGUGUCCCCCGUCAGAAGUCCUGUUACCUCAUCCUCCGUGUCCUCUGUGUCCCCUGUGUCUGAGUCUGUUGCUGCAGCAUCCCCGACUGUUUCCCCGUUCGUCCCUGCCUCCACCAGCCCCCGGACUGUUUCCCCGUUUGUCCCUGUCGUCACUAGUCCCCGGACUGUUCCCCCUGUCACCACGAAACCCCGGACUGUUUCGCCCAAGUCUCGUCCUCGUGUGUCUUCCUCCAGACCUACCCUGAGUUCUUGUCCUCAGCCCUCAUCCCAUGGACCCAAGGCCCCCAGUCCUCCCAUCCACCCUGGACCACCCCCCAUGAACUCUGUUAUUCCUCCACCUCCCCUGCCAUUGAAGCAGCUUGCAGACCUAGAGCAGGCUGUCUAA